UUUUAUUGUUCCAGUAGUUUCCCUUCUCGAUUAUAGAUGGCAGCGACUGUUCUCCUGCAGCUUGUUUUUAAGCGAAGAAGGGGAAGAGUUUGCUGGAGUUAGCCAUUUUAUCUGUUUUUCCGGCCCUAACACGUGGAACACUAAAAGGGCACCAAAAUGCAGAUUUUCGUUAAAACCCUGACGGGUAAGACCAUCACCCUUGAGGUCGAGCCUUCGGACACAAUUGAAAAUGUCAAGGCCAAGAUCCAGGAUAAGGAAGGAAUCCCUCCAGACCAGCAAAGGUUGAUCUUCGCUGGAAAGCAGCUUGAGGAUGGUCGCACCCUCUCAGACUACAAUAUCCAGAAAGAGUCGACGCUCCACCUGGUGCUGCGUCUGCGUGGUGGCAUCAUCGAGCCCAGCUUGCGCAUCCUGGCGCAGAAGUACAACUGCGACAAGAUGAUCUGCCGCAAGUGCUACGCCAGGCUGCACCCAAGGGCGACCAACUGCCGCAAGAAGAAGUGCGGACACACCAACAACCUCCGCCCCAAGAAGAAGCUGAAAUAAGCUUUUGAUCCCCUUCCUUGUUCAAUAUUCAUUCCAAGCAUCCAAAUAAAAUGCCAAGAUAUUUUCAGGUGAAA